AACACUCACCAACUCAACACUCACAGCUGCAAAUUAUUGUUGUUCAAUGCUGCCCAGAGGGCACUGCCUCCCCCUUUGUGCGAUCAAGCGCGAAACAAGCACGCACAAGUAAGUCAACUGAUGAUAAGUAGUAGUCUAACCGUCCAGCAACAGGUAGGGACAUUUCUUCCGUAAUUUAACAUGUGUCGGAUACUUGCUCUACCAAUGUAAGCUAUUAUAAUAGGCAAGGCAGCGGCUUUAGUACGGUUUUUGUUGUUGUUUUUUUUCGCGCACCGCAUGCAGGCUCUGUUUUAUCCCACUUCAUUUAUCCGCCAAGUCCGCAAUACGCGGAGACUAAAGCGUGUGUCCGUCCCAUUGAUGAGAAAACAAACAGCAUGUCAUCUCCAGACAAGACAACCCAAAGGAAUGAAGUCCUGAAUAACAUACGGAGGUCCUCGAUGGUGGCGGGACAUGGGAGAAAACAGACGGAGUUUGAGAUGUCACAAGCCGCGUCAGCCUCACAACCUGGAGCGCUUAUUUCUAACAACAGGUUUCUGUGUGACGCCGAGGGCAUCACCAUUCACACAACUGUCACUCGACCGUCGGUGUCUCACCUACCCGGGCUCAAUCUGAACCCCCGGAUGUCCGUAUACAGCACAACUCGUCAAGUUACCGUCAGCCGUGCUUACAUUCAAGGACGCGCUUAUAACUUUCUGGAAAGACCAUCUGGGUGGAAAUGCUUCGUGUAUCACUUCUCGGUGUUCCUCAUCGUGCUCGCCUGUCUAAUCCUCAGUGUGCUCUCUACUAUAGGGCAGUACCAGGCUCUGGCACAUGGCACUCUCUUCUGGGUGGAGAUAGCGCUGGUGGUGUUAUUUGGUGUGGAGUAUGGUGUGCGGCUGUGGUCGGCAGGGUGCCGUAGUAAAUAUGUUGGCGUUUGGGGUCGGCUGCGCUUUGCCAGGAAGCCUAUCUCCAUCAUCGAUUUGAUUGUAGUGGUGGCCUCCAUCAUCGUACUGGUAGUAGGCUCCAAUGGACAGGUGUUUGCCACGUCUGCUGUCAGAGGAAUUCGCUUCCUGCAGAUCCUGCGUAUGCUUCAUGUGGACCGGCAGGGAGGGACGUGGCGUCUGCUGGGCUCUGUGGUCUUCAUCCACAGGCAGGAGCUCAUCACCACGCUGUACAUUGGUUUCCUGGGGCUCAUCUUCUCCUCCUACUUUGUGUACCUGGCAGAGAAGGAUGCUGUGGACAGCAAUGGAGCCAAUGAGUUCGGGAGCUACGCUGACGCCUUGUGGUGGGGGGUGGUGACCGUCACAACUAUAGGCUAUGGAGACAAGGUGCCUCAGACGUGGAUCGGUAAAACCAUUGCAUCGUGUUUCUCAGUCUUUGCCAUCUCCUUCUUCGCCCUACCAGCUGGGAUCUUGGGUUCAGGCUUUGCACUGAAGGUUCAACAGAAACAGAGGCAGAAGCACUUCAACAGACAGAUCCCUGCAGCUGCCAUUCUCAUCCAGACUUCGUGGAGGGUCUUUGCUGUGGAAAACCCUGAUUCGGCCACCUUCAAGAUGUUUGUGAGGAGGAGACCUGCUCUGCUCAGCUCCUCUGUAUCCAGUCCCAAGCCCAAGAAAACGGUGAAGCUGAGGAGGAAGUUGAAGAGCAGUGAGAAGGACGACGGGCCUGGUUCUCCCACUGUUCCCAGUAUCUCCUACGACUCAGUGUUCAAUAGUGGGAGGGAGCUCAGCUCUGAUGUCUACAGCACUGUGUGUACAGCUGAAGCACUAGGAUGUGAUACCCAGCAGUCCUGGACCUCUCUUUCCUCCCUUACGUUCAGCUCUCCACUCCCAGUGAAAAAGACCCCUGGUUUGUUGGAGGUGCAGCACCCUCGUCCCCUCCAGAGGAACAGCAGCUUUGGGGACGAUCUGGACCAGGAGGACCAGUGUGUUCUGACCCCAGUCACCCACGUGUCACAGCUGCAGGGGAGUCACAGAGCAGCUAUCCACGUGAUCCUACGGAUGCGCUACUUUGUCGCUAAGAAGAAAUUCCAGCAAGCACGUAAACCCUAUGACGUGCGAGACGUGAUCGAGCAGUAUUCCCAAGGACACCUGAAUCUCAUGGUGCGCAUCAAGGAGCUACAGAGGAGACUGGACCAGUCUCUAGGGAAGCUGACCCUGUUCCAGACUAGCUCAGACAAAGCCAAAGACAAAGGCACCAACACCAUCGGCUCCAGACUCAACAGGAUGGAGGACAAGAUACAACGCAUGGACCAGACACUCAACCAAAUCGCAGAAUCCCUUACCCAGCUGUUGUCUGGGACAAGCCAGGGGCAAGGUAGGAGGAGGUCACAGGGUGGGGCAGGUGUCCCCAGCCAGGAUAGCCUACCCAGCUACGAGCAGCUCUCCACCGCGACCCUCCAUCCACCCCUCAACCCCAGCCUCAGUCAAGACAAGAGCUCCUGAAUCGACCCUCCAUCCACCCCUCAACCUCAACCUCAGCCAAGACAAAAGCUCCUGAAUCGACCCUUCAUCCACCCCUCAACCCCAGCCUCAGCCAGGACAAGAGCUCCUGAAUCGACCAUCCAUCCACCCUCAACACCAGCCUCAGCCAGGACAAGAGCUCCUGAAUUGACCCUCCAUCCACCCCUCAACCCCUCAAACCCAGCCUCAGCCAGGACAAGAGCUCCUGAAUCGACCAUCCAUCCACCCUCAACACCAGCCUCAGCCAGGACAAAAGUUCCUGAAUCGACCCUCCAUCCACCCCUCAACCCCAGCCUCAGCCAGGACAAGAGCUCCUGAAUCGACUCUCCAUCCACCCCUCAACCCCAGCCUCAGCCAGGACAAGAGCUCCUGAAUCGACCCUCCAUCCACCCCUCAACCCCAGCCUCAGCCAGGACAAGAGCUCCUGAAUCAACCAUCCAUCCACCCCUCAACCCCAGCCUCAGCCGGGACAAGAGCUCCUGAAUCGACCAUCCAUCCACCCCUCAACCCCAGCCUCAGCCAGGAGAAGAGCUCCUGAAUCGACCAUCCAUCCACCCUCAACCCCAGCCUCAGCCAGGACAAGAGCUCCUAAAUCGACCAUCCAUCCACCCCUCAACCCCAGCCUCAGCCGGGACAAGAGCUCCUGAAUCGACCAUCCAUCCACCCCUCAACCCCAGCCUCAGCCAGGAGAAGAGCUCCUGAAUCGACCAUCCAUCCACCCUCAACCCCAGCCUCAGCCAGGACAAGAGCUCCUGAAUCGACCAUCCAUCCACCCCUCAACCCCAGCCUCAGCCGGGACAAGAGCUCCUGAAUCGACCAUCCAUCCACCCCUCAACCCCAGCCUCAGCCGGGACAAGAGCUCCUGAAUCGACCAUCCAUCCACCCCUCAACCCCAGCCUCAGCCAGGAGAAGAGCUCCUGAAUCGACCAUCCAUCCACCCUCAACCCCAGCCUCAGCCAGGAGAAGAGCUCCUGAAUCGACCCUCCAUCCACCCCUCAACCUCAACCUCAGCCAAGACAAAAGCUCCUGAAUCGACCCUUCAUCCACCCCUCAACCCCAGCCUCAGCCAGGACAAGAGCUCCUGAAUCGACCAUCCAUCCACCCUCAACACCAGCCUCAGCCAGGACAAGAGCUCCUGAAUUGACCCUCCAUCCACCCCUCAACCCCUCAACACCAGCCUCAGCCAGGACAAGAGCUCCUGAAUCGACCAUCCAUCCACCCUCAACACCAGCCUCAGCCAGGACAAAAGUUCCUGAAUCGACCCUCCAUCCACCCCUCAACCCCAGCCUCAGCCAGGACAAGAGCUCCUGAAUCGACUCUCCAUCCACCCCUCAACCCCAGCCUCAGCCAGGACAAGAGCUCCUGAAUCAACCAUCCAUCCACCCCUCAACCCCAGCCUCAGCCGGGACAAGAGCUCCUGAAUCGACCAUCCAUCCACCCCUCAACCCCAGCCUCAGCCGGGACAAGAGCUCCUGAAUCGACCAUCCAUCCACCCCUCAACCCCAGCCUCAGCCAGGAGAAGAGCUCCUGAAUCGACCAUCCAUCCACCCUCAACCCCAGCCUCAGCCAGGACAAGAGCUCCUGAAUCGACCAUCCAUCCACCCCUCAACCCCAGCCUCAGCCGGGACAAGAGCUCCUGAAUCGACCAUCCAUCCACCCCUCAACCCCAGCCUCAGCCGGGACAAGAGCUCCUGAAUCGACCAUCCAUCCACCCCUCAACCCCAGCCUCAGCCAGGAGAAGAGCUCCUGAAUCGACCAUCCAUCCACCCUCAACCCCAGCCUCAGCCAGGAGAAGAGCUCCUGAAUCGACCCUCCAUCCACCCCUCAACCCCAGCCAGGACAAGAGCUCCUGAAUCGACCCUCCAUCCACCCUCAACCCCAGCCUCAGCCAGGACAAGAGCUCCUGAUGCAGAGAAACACCAAAACCAUUUUGACGCUUUCUCUCUUUGUCUUAUUCUGAGAUCAGUGUUCUUCGUGAUAAUGAACCAGCUGUGUAGUGCUAGGACAAAAAACUAAAUGUGCACUCAGUGGGGGCCCCAGGACCAAGUUUGGGAAACCCUGCCCUAGAGAAGAACCGUAUAGACAGGAGAUUUAGCAACUCUUGGAGGACAAUCGAAUGAAAUAAAAAUAUUUGUUUUUAUUGUUAAAAGUGGAACCAACACGAUUCAGCUUUUGGCCUUUAAACAAAGAUUAUUUCAUUUAAUUCCAAUGUCCUCCCAAGAGUUGCUAUUUCUCCUCUCUACUUCAGUUUGCUCCUCAAUUCAUGCACCUUGGUUGGAGAGCGAGAUAGCGAGCAGGGCUCCCUUCCCUAGAACAGAACAGUGCCUCAGCCUACAGGAAAAGCCAGACAAGCUAGACACACCGACGGGACACAUUUUUCAUAGAUCCUGGAUAUGAUUAUGAUUCUGAAUUCUCAUUUACUGCAAUUGUCAAUGUUCCGGGGGGAAAUGUGAGCAAGCGCCAUAUUCAAACGCUUUCCCCUCAAUCAAAAGGAAAUAAGAUUAGAGUGCACAUAUAAUAACAUUAUUCCGUCUGUGUAAGAGCAUUGGAAUGUUACAACGUCAAAAAGCAACGGUAGUGUUCUAUUUGAUUUGAAAUAUGUUGAUAUGCAAAGCCAACACUUCAGUAUAAAGGUAGCUAUGUUUUUUGAUGGUGAAUAUGGAAUGAUGUCCAUACUAAAAGUAGGCAGUUAUAAUAACACUAUGUUUUCAAAAGGCUCUCCCAUGUAUGUACUGUCGAAACAUAAACUGAAGUGUUGGGGUCGGGGUGAGGGCUUUUAUGUAGAUGUUCAAAUGCAAUCAAAUUGUGUAGCUAUCCUCUUUUAUAAAGAUUUUGCAUUGCCAAUAAAUGAAUGUGGCAAAUAUCCAUAACUUCUUAUUGUCAAACAAUUCUGUUCAACCAUGGAUCUUACAUCAAUAAUUCAGUUAUAGAUUAUUACAUCCAAGUUAGGUCAUAUCAAUGUCCCAUUGGAAGCUGUAUGUGUGGAAUGUGCCUUAAAGGACUAUAACAUUUCAGA